GAUUUCCGCUUUCUGUCUGACAGGUCAGCUGACUCUGACGCUGCUGCUGUCAGGAAACCUCACGAAAUGAAAUAAAUCGCAGCUAUGAAUUUCACCAAGAUUUAAAAACACCGUAAACAGCUCUCGGUUAGCUUGUUACUGUCACAAUCAAAACAGAGUUUUUUGUAGCUGUGUCUUAGCUGAAAACAUGACUGAGUUUUGGCUGAUCUCGGCUCCUGGUGAAAAGACCUGCCAGCAAACAUGGGACAAAAUGAUGGCAGCCACCACACGCACACAGAACCUCUCCACUAACCACAAAUUCAGCAUACCAGACCUUAAGGUUGGGACAUUAGAUGUUCUGGUCGGACUGUCAGAUGAACUGGCAAAAUUAGACUCCUUUGUCGAAGGUGUUGUGAAGAAGGUAGCUCAGUACAUGGCCGAUGUGCUGGAGGACAGCCGAGACAAAGUACAGGAGAACCUGCUGGCCAAUGGAGUCGAUCUUAUCACCUACAUCACGAGAUUUCAGUGGGACAUGGCAAAAUACCCUAUCAAACAGUCUCUUAAGAACAUCUCUGAAAUCAUCUCAAAGCAAGUUACUCAGAUUGACAAUGACCUAAAGACACGAGCAUCUGCUUACAACAACCUGAAGGGAAACCUGCAGAACCUAGAAAGGAAGAAUGCGGGGAGCCUUUUGACCAGGAGCCUGGCUGACAUUGUCAAAAAGGACGACUUUGUGCUCGACUCAGAGUACCUCAUAACUCAGCUGGUAGUUGUUCCAAAGACGGCCUACACUGACUGGCAGAAAACAUAUGAGACCCUGGCAGAGAUGGUGGUGCCUCGAUCCUCAAACUUACUGUUUGAAGAUAAUGACAGUGGCCUGUUUUGCGUCACGCUGUUUAGAAAAGCCCUUGAUGACUUCAAGCACAAGGCCAGAGAAAAUAAGUUUAUAGUGAGAGACUUUCAGUACAAUGAAGAGGAGAUGAAGGCGGACAAAGAGGAAAUGACAAGACUGUGCACAGAUAAGAAGAAGCAGUUUGGGCCCCUUGUUCGCUGGCUGAAAGUUAACUUCAGUGAAGCCUUCAUUGCAUGGAUCCACAUCAAAGCUCUGAGGGUGUUUGUAGAGUCUGUUUUAAGAUAUGGGCUGCCAGUGAACUUCCAGGCCAUGCUGCUGCAACCCAACAAGAAGAACAUGAAGAAGUUGCGAGAAGUUCUCAAUGAUCUGUACAAGCAUCUGGACAGCAGUGCAGCAGCCAUCAUUGAUUCGGCGAUGGACAUCCCAGGCCUGAACCUGAGUCAACAGGAGUACUACCCCUACGUCUACUAUAAGAUUGACUGCAACCUGCUGGAUUUUAAAGUUUAACACUUCUCACUUCCUGCUACAACCUCCUACACUGUUCCUGCAGACCCUCCUCACUCUCUCCUGUCUAUGUCAGCUGCUUGAUUCGUGUUGCCGCAUGUUCAUUCCUUGUGGUGAAACAAUUACCACUUUUACAACAAAGGGACAAAAAAACCCAAGACUUUAAAAUAAAUUGGAUUUUGUUUACAGUACAUUUACUUCAUAGGUCACACAAAUACUAUGUACGUGAGAAUGAUUCUUAAAAAACCAUACUGAAGGGUUUAAUGUAUAUUUACUGCUUCAUUCCAGAUGUUCUGGUGUGUAUUGGUGACGACAUCGUCUGUGUUGGUGUUCAGACAUUUGUGUUUACAUAUUCGCAGUUUCAACAUUGCUUCCACAGCUAAAAGACGUGUGUUUUGAGUCUGUGGGCUACUGCUGCAGAUACUGUGACGCAAACAUGUUUUAUGAGUGUGUUUGUGUGUGUGUUGUUUCAUGUUGUGUCUAUUUGCUGUCAAACAGAGAUAAAUAGCUUUAUCGUGAAGUCGUUAAUUAAAUAAAUAUGAUCAGUGAAUCAAUUAGUGAAUACGUAUCAAA